GGACGGUUGCUAAGACUUGGAGAAGCGCUGCGCUCGCGCCCGGAUCCCUCAGGCCCCCAGUUAUCUCCCACACCCUACCCUGAGGGCCGAGGUUCCCCGCUGUCUUGCAGAGAAGGCCUCCUUGUAGGGUGGCCGGAAACAGGAUCGACUCCGUGGAAACAAGGACGGCUGGAUACAGUUCCUCACCCUGUAACCCUGGCACUUUGGGAGGCCAAGGCGGGUGGAUCACCUGAGGUCCGGAGUUCGAGACCAGCCUGGCCAACAUGGUGAAACUCCAUUUCUGCCAAAAAUACAAAAAUUAACCGGGUGUGGUGUCACACGCCUGUAAAACCAGCUACUCGGGAGGCCAAGGCAGGAGAAUCGCUUGAACCUGGGAGGCGGAGGUUGCAGUGAGCCAAGAUGGCACCAUUGUACUCCAGCCUGAGCAACCUAGCAAGACUCACUCUCCAAAAAAAAAAAAAAAAAAGAUUUUUUUUUUUUUUUUAAUUAGCCAGGCAUAGUAACAUAGGACACAUGUCUGUGGUCCUAGCUACUUGGGAGGCUGAGGCAGGAGGAUUGCUUGAGCCCAGGACAUUGAGGCUGCAGUGAACUGUGAUGGCACUACUGCAUUCCAGCCUGGGCAACAGAGUAAGACCCUGUCUCAAAAUAAAUAAAUAAAAUAUAUAUGUGUAGCGCCGGGCGCGGUGGCUCACGCCUGUAAUCCCAGCACUUUGGGAGGCCGAGGCGGGCGGAUCACGAGGUCAGGAGAUCAAGACCAUCCUGGCUAACACGGUGAAACCCCGUCUCUACUAAAAAUACAAAAAAAAAAAAAAAGGCCUGGCGUGGUGGCAGGCGCCUGUGGUCCCGGCUACUCCCAAAGGAGGCUGAGGCAGGAAAAUGGUGUGAACUCAGGAAGCGGAGCUUGCAGUGAGCCAGGAUCGUGCCACUGCACUCCAGCCUGGGCGACAGAGUGAGACUCCGUCUCAAAAAAAAAUGUGUGUGUGUGUGUGUAGAAACAAGCCCCAGGCUGGGUGCAGUGGCUCACGCCUGUAAUCCCAGAACUUUGGGAGGCCUAGGCAGGUGUAUCACAAGGUCAGGAGUUCGAGACCAGCCUGGCCAAUAUGGUGAAAUCCCACCUCUACAAAAAAUAUAAAAAAUUAGCCGGGCGUAGUGGUGCACAUCUGUUGUCCCAGCUGCUUGGGAGGCUGAGGCAGGAGAAUUGCUUGAACCAGGGAGGUGGAGGUUGCAGCGAGCCAAGAUCGCGCCACUGCCCUCCAGCCUGGGGGACAGAGUGAGACUGUACGAAAAAAAAAAAAAAAAGCCCCUGGCCGGGCGCGGUGGCUCACGCUUGUAAUCCCAGCACUUUGGGAGGCCGAGGCGGGCGGAUCACGAGGUCAGGAGAUCGAGACCACGGUGAAACCCCGUCUCUACUAAAAAAUACAAAAAAUUAGCCGGGCGUGGUGGCGGGCGUCUGUAGUCCCAGCUACUCGGAGAGGCUGAGGCAGGAGAAUGGCGUGAACCCAGGAGGCGGAGCUUGCAGUGAGCCGAGAUCGCGCCACUGCACUCCAGCCUGGGCGACAGAGCGAGACUCCGUCUCAAAAAAAAAAAAAAAAAAAAGCCCCCCCACAGACUAUUGGUGUGUCCUGGAACUGAGCAUUAGCUGUUCCCUCUCUGAAAAAAAGGCAGAGCAGGAAUUCCCAUUUCACAGGGGUGGAAGCCGAGGCUUGGAGGAGUCAGGACUGGUGCCUGAGCUCUCGCUCAGGCAGUGACGGCAUCUGGCUUGAUGCCUCUAGGGCAGGUUGGGGACUAGGUGUGUUUUCUGGGCGGACACACCCAGGUCCCGGCAUGGACCUUGGCCUCCUCAUCUGUGGGAUUAGAUAAAGGCCUCCCAGCCUCCAGUUCACCAGGGUUGUCACCACGCAGGACCCAACUCACCUUCCUGGAGCUUUGCCAGUUCCCAUCCCAGCCCAGGCUGGCAGCCAUGUUCCGCUGCAACCUGGGCUGCCUGCCCUCCUGAGGGGUCCCAGUGGUCGCCUGCCUUCUGGGUGGGUGUGGUAGGGGGAGGGUCAGGUGGCCCCCCGCUGUUGGGGGGCAGUCGCUGCGGGAGUGCGUCGUCCCCCCUGGGCCAUAGCGGGUGGGUAGGAGCUGCUCUGGCAGUUGAGGCCACCCUGGCCUGGGACAAUCAGCCUGAACACUGUGCCUGUUCCGGGAUUUUGACCUGCCCUCCGAAGGCAUGGCGGGCCCAGCCUGCAGUGUCCCGGCAGCUGCCUCCUCUCUGGGUCGUUUGUGUUUCAUCAGACAGAGGUUGUACUCUUGGAGGGACAAGCGAGGCUGUGUUUGUCUUUUACCCUGGAGACAGUGGAGUGUUUGUGGCCCAGCCGGGCCGCGCGGGCCUCUCGGUACUGGUCGCGCGUGCUGUGCGUUUUGGGAGGGCCCAGCAAGUCGGCUGCUAAGGGCUCCACAUGGCACAGGGCCUCGGGCAGCGGCAGCACCUGGCGCUGACUCCGCGCUUUCUGCUCCUAGCUCCCACUGCGCCUCUGGUUCUGUGCUUUGUUGAAUGCGUGAGCCUCGGGCAGCGCUGGGGCCGCUUCAGCGUGACCUCCAAGGCCACUGGCCCGGAGUUCCACUGGCUGCCGGUCCUCCAUCUGUGGGGCGCCCCGGCGGCUGACGCGUGAACCGGGCAGUGCAUCUCGAGUAGCACCCACAGCUGCGCGGCUGCGAAAUGAUCCAGCGACACAUCCCUGUCUGUGGGAGGAGCCGUCCAUACCAGCGGGGAUGUGUAGUCCAGGUGGGCGGUGGUGUUCAGGGUCGUCCAGAGUCAUUUUAAGAUCAUCUGCGGCUUAGCCCCAGCACCAUCUGAGGCAGUACUGUCUGCUAGAAAUACCUGUGAGCACACAGGGGUUAGCAGGACAUGAGGGAGUGUAGCCCUGAUGCCGUGACCUGGGCCGGAGCCCUCGGACUAGCCUCAGCUUUGGUGGCAGCACGCCCUGCCUUGUGGAGCCACGGCCUCCUAGGACGGACUCCCCGGCUCUCCCCCAACCGCCCGCAGCCGCCAGAUGAUCCUCUGCUCCCGUCUCUGUCUCCCACAGUCGGCCUUGCUGAGGAUGGAGCCCGCCCCGGGCCUCGUGGAGCAGCCCAAGUGCUUGGAGGCCGGGAGCCCGGAGCCUGAGCCGGCGCCGUGGCAGGCUCUCCCUGUCCUGUCCGAGAAGCAGUCAGGGGACGUGGAGCUGGUGCUGGCCUACGCCGCGCCCGUCCUGGACAAACGCCAGACCUCACGCCUCCUGAAGGAGGUGUCGGCCCUGCACCCGCUCCCCGCCCAGCCUCACCUCAAGCGGGUGCGGCCCAGCGGAGAUGCCGGCAGCCCCCACGCCCUGGAGCUGCUGCUUUGCCUGGCUGGGCCCGCCUCGGGCCCGCGCUCGCUGGCUGAGCUCCUGCCACGGCCGGCUGUGGACCCCCGCGGCCUGGGGCAGCCCUUCCUGGUGCCCGUGCCCGCUCGGCCGCCUCUGACCAGGGGCCAGUUCGAGGAGGCUCGGGCCCACUGGCCCACGUCCUUCCACGAGGACAAGCAGGUGACCAGCGCCCUGGCGGGGCGGCUCUUCUCCACGCAGGAGCGUGCCGCCAUGCAGAGCCACAUGGAGCGGGCGGUGUGGGCGGCCCGGCGGGCGGCGGCGCGGGGCUUGCGGGCCGUGGGGGCCGUGGUGGUGGACCCGGCCUCGGACCGCGUGCUGGCCACCGGCCACGACUGCAGCAGCGCGGACAACCCCCUCCUGCACGCCGUCAUGGUGUGCGUGGACCUUGUGGCGCAUGGCCAGGGCCGCGGCACCUACGACUUCAGACCCUUCCCCGCCUGCUCCUUCGCCCCGGCCGCUGCCCUCCAGGCCGUCCGCGCAGGCGCCGUGCGUAAACUGGACGCAGAAGAGGACGGCCUCCCAUACGUGUGCACCGGCUAUGACCUGUACGUGACCCGCGAGCCCUGCGCCAUGUGCGCCAUGGGCCUGGUGCACUCACGCAUCCUGCGUGUCUUCUACGGCGCAUCCUCGCCCGACGGCGCCCUGGGCACCCGCUUCCGCAUCCACGCACGGCCCGACCUCAACCACCGCUUCCAGGUGUUCCGCGGGGUGCUGGAGGAGCAGUGCCGCUGGCUGGACCCUGACACGUAGGCGCCGCCCUCGGGCCUCCGGACCCUUCCCGCUCCCGGCCUUGGGUCGCCCCUCCUGGACUUCCGGGCCUCGAUUUCUCCCGCACAAGCCUGUCCUUGGAUUUCAAGGACACAUACCGCCUCCAGCGGAGACCACGGGUGCUGCCUUCCGUGCGGAUCGAGCUUUCCUGGACUUGGUCAUUGGGGCGACCCCCGUGCCUGCGGUGCCCUUCUGCGGGGUGCCCUUGCUGCCUAUGUGUCCCCUCUGUCUCGCGGGCCAGGAAACUGCUCUGAUGGGAAAAUAAAAAGCCCAAAACCAA